AUGGCAGGAAGCAAUCUAGAUGUCAUUGGCGCUUGGAAGCAGGGACUAGUUCCACGUGUUGAGCCAUCAGUCCUUGCCCCGGAAACUUGCUCUUGGGGUAAGAUUGCCGCAGGGCCACACCGUUUGCAGCAACUUCUCGCUCAGUGGCUUGUGGGGUUACCGAACCACCAGCAAUAUGCGCUGAAGCAGUAUUUGCCAUCUGGCUGGAUUGAGAAGAAAUCAGAAUGUGACAGCUUUCUGGCUGGGACCUUCUGCUCUGGCACAGAUGCUCCAGUACUUGUGUAUGAAGCAUUCAUGGCGGCUGCGGCUGACACUUUGUUUGCCGGCUCCGGGUGCAGCAUGCCGACCUUCGCUCACUCUUUCUCAUGCGAGGUUGAAGAUGAAAAGAGAGCUUUUCUACAAGAUUUCUUUGACAUGAAGUACUGCUUCACAGACGUCUUGGAUAUGGAAAAACAUGAUGGUAGAAUGUUUGUGAAAUCACAGAAUUGGCACAGGGUUCCUAGUGUGGAUUGGGCUGCGGCUGGCUUUCCUUGUGAUGAUGCUAGCUCUUUGCACCCAAAUCAGAGUUCAACCAAACAUCGGGGUGUGUUCCACGGGCUGGCCUAUUAUUUGGCUCGCACCAACGUGGAAAUCUUCCAGUGGGAGAAUGUUUUGACUCUGGCGAAUAAAGCUGUGGACAAAAAAAGCAAGAAGGAGGUUGGCCCUUCCAACUUAUCUUCCGUUUGCCAUAUCCUCCGCACCGUCUCGGGCAUGUGGACUCAUGUGUAUCGUUUGGAUAGCCAACUUUUUGGUAGUGGUCAAGGGCGUGGCAGAUUGUGGGGGUCAUCUUUCAAAUUAUCUUCUUUGAAGAUGGACGAACAGAAUGCCCACAAGCUGCUAGAUGAAUUGAUGAGUUUCUUCGUCGGUGUUGAGGGAACUGACCCAGAGGAUUUUCUUCACCCACAAAGUCACCCAGAAGUCCAAUGCAGCCUGAGCAAAGGGAAGUUCAUGGGCCAGUCAAGAGAAGAUUUUUUGAUAGAGAAUGAGAACGGGGAGGAAGGUGAGAAUGCAGAUUGCAGACUUUCCUUCGAAGCUCUUUUCAAAUCCAAUGGGGCGCUGCCACCAGAUCAGGGACGCUCCAGAAAGCGCCAAAAGACUUCAGCAGCCGCGCCAGCAUGGAUUGGCAAACACGAAGAGGCAUUUGCAAAGCUUGGUGAGGAACGAUCGCAGUUCAAGCUACCUCCAGAUGAUGUCAUGCAAAGCUUUCCUGCGCUGAGGGUGCUGACGCAGAGACAGCAGGAGAUCUUGUAUUUGAAAGGCUUGAAACAAUUUCCCGAUAAGGAGUUUCGGGUCAUUGAUUUGUCCCAAACGCUGAUGUUUUGCAAUAUGGUGAAAGACAAAGUUCCUUGCAUUACCCCCGCAGGGCAAAAGUUUUUGACAAAGCCUGUGCGAUACUUGGAGGGGUCUGAGGCACUCCAGCUCCAAGGAAUUUACCUGGACCACCAGAAAUUGUUGAAGUACAGUUCCGGGUUCAAAAUGGACCUUGCCGGGAAUGCUUUUGAGACGUCGUGUUGUGGCGCUGCAUUUUUGUGCAGCCUGAUGUUUUGUGCCAUCAAUCGGCGAUGCGGGGCCAGUUCGAGUGCAAUGCCCCAUGUUCCCAGAGAAGAUGUCGAGGGCCAAGAGCCGGAAUCGGAAUCGAAGUAG